GGGGCGGCUCUGGACCGGGAUUUGACCCUGUCUCAGUCUGCUGAUAUGGGAUCUUUGUGAUAGAGAUGAUAAUCUAAAGUUUACUGUAACUGGAAACUAUUUCAAUUUUCUCACAGUCUGAACGUCUCUUUGUUUGUCCGGGCGCUCGCCGCGGAGAAAUGGCGAUGAUUUCAGGCUUCAUCUUCCUGUGCGUGCUGCAGGCUGCUCUGCCUCAGGGUACGACCCCUCGGGGCCCCCGGCCCAUCCCGGGCCGAGGGGACAGCCCAGUGGACCCUCCGUUUGAUCCCAUACCUGACAAUCCUGGAACUCCUGGUUGUAAGCCCGGGAUAAUCGACUGUCCCAUCAAGGUGUUUUUCACCCUCGACACCUCCGAGUCCAUCGCCCUGCAGGAGGCCCCCAUCGAGAGCCUGCUGAAUAAAGCCAAGGAGUUCACAAAGGUUUUUGUCCAGAAGCUGUAUGAUGAGGAGUACAAGGGCCACAUCCAGCUGUCCUGGACCAUGGGGGGCCUGAACUUCUCUGAGAAGCAGUACGUCUUCAGUGAGUUCACCAACAAGGAGAACUUCAUCCGGAGCCUGAACACGGUCCGAUACGAGGGGAAAGGCACCUUCACCGACUGCGCCCUGCAGAGGAUGGCUCAAAAACUGAGCCAGCACUCGACCUCAGCCCCGAAGGCGGUGCUCUUCUCCGUGGUCAUCACCGACGGCCACGUGACAGGAGAGCCCUGCGGGGGGAUAAAGUCCUCGGCGGAGAGGGCCCGGGACAAAGGGAUCCAGAUCUUCUCAGUGGCGGCGUCCCGGAGCAUCGACGACCUCGGGAUGAGGGAGAUCGCCAGCACGCCAUACGAACUCUACCGGGACGACUACAUCGUUGUGGAGAAAGGAAAACCAGGAAUAAACACCGAGUCCAUUGACCGCAUCAUAAAAGUCAUGAAAUAUCAAGCCUAUUUACAGUGUUAUGAACACAGAUGCUUGGAGACUCCUGGGCCCCCUGGACGAAAAGGGCCUCCAGGUCCAAAAGGUUUAAAAGGAGACAGAGGUCGUUUUGGACCAAAAGGAGCAAAAGGCAGAGCGGGUGAUCCUGGCAUUGAAGGUCCAAUUGGACAACCUGGCUCAAAGGGAGAAGUUGGUUCAAAAGGUGACAAGGGUGAAAUCGGAUCAGCCGGAGCAAAGGGUGUAUCAGGGUUAUCUGGCAAGAAUGGAACCGACGGUCAGAAGGGUAAAAUGGGCCGAAUUGGAGCUCCCGGUUGCAAAGGUGAUCCAGGUGACAAGGGACCAGAUGGUUACCAUGGUGAGGUUGGUGACACCGGGCCACCUGGUGACAAUGGACAAAAGGGGGACCCAGGCCUCCCUGGAAAAUCAGGUCCAUCUGGCCCCGCAGGUGACCAAGGACCAAAGGGUGAACAUGGAAAUCCUGGAACUCCAGGGCCACCGGGACAAAAGGGAACUCCGGGGACUCCUGGCUUUCAAGGACCAAAUGGCGAAGCGGGAAGGAGAGGAGAUCCUGGAAUAAAGGGAGGACAAGGUCCCGAUGGGUUAAAAGGAGAGAAGGGAGAACGAGGGCCAGCGGGACUCAGAGGCCGGCCCGGAGAAGAUGGACUCGACGGCGCAAAGGGAGACCAAGGACUACCAGGACCAAGGGGCCAGCCAGGAGAACAAGGGGGCCCCGGAGCAAACGGCACCACCGGAAAUCCUGGAGAUCCUGGACCAAGGGGGGACACCGGGAAACCUGGACCAAAAGGCGACGUAGGAAGACAGGGAUUCAGCUAUCCCGGAACAAGAGGAGCCACUGGAGAACGAGGAGAUCCAGGUAGAAGAGGACCCAGAGGGGGCAGAGGGGACUGUGGCGCCAAAGGAGAACCAGGAGACAGCGGGCCACCAGGAGAGCCUGGGGAUCCAGGUCAGCCGGGUAAUCCAGGAGAGAGAGGACCCAGAGGAGAUCCUGGAAACGAUGGCGGUCCUGGACCUGUGGGCGAUCCUGGGCUCAAUGACUGUGAUGUCAUGACUUACAUCAGGGAGACGUGUGGUUGUUGUGACUGUGAGAAGCACUGUGGAGCUCUGGACAUUGUAUUUGUAAUCGAUAGCUCAGAGAGCGUCGGGCUGACAAACUUCACUCUGGAAAAGAACUUUGUCAUCAACACCAUCAACAGGCUGGGAUCGAUGGCCAACGACCCGGCGUCAACAAUCGGCACAAGAGUCGGAGUCGUACAAUUCAGUCACAAUGGGACCUUCGAGGCCAUUCGUCUCAACGACGCAAACAUCAACUCCAUGGCUGCCUUUAAAACGGCGGUGAAGAAUCUGGAGUGGAUUGCCGGGGGCACCUUCACACCUUCAGCUCUCAAGUUCGCCUACGAUAACCUGAUCAGGGACGGCAAGAGAGCCCAAGCCAAAGUGUCUGUGGUGGUGAUCACAGACGGGCGAUUCGAUCCCCGAGACAAUGAGGACCACCUCAGGUACCUUUGUGACCACGGUGUGGUGGUGAAUGCCAUCGGGGUGGGCGAUAUGUUCCAAAAGAAAGAGGAUGAUGAGAUCCUGGGGUCGAUCGCGUGCAACCAGAAGGAACGCGUCACUGGGAUGAGGCGAUAUGUUGACUUGGUGGCUGAUGACUUCAUAGAGACGAUGGAGACUGUUCUCUGUCCCGAUCCUGUGAUCAUUUGUCCAGAUCUCCCCUGUAAAAGUGAACCGGAUGUGGCGCCGUGUGUCCAGCGGCCGGUGGAUUUGGUAUUUGUACUUGAUGGCUCAGAGCGGCUCGGGACGGAGAACUUCCGGUACGUCCGUGAGUUUGUGCAGAAGGCAGCAGACAGACUGACGCUGGCCCGGAACAAGAACGAUCGCCAGCGAGCCCGGCUGGCGCUGAUCGAGUUCGGCAAGGAGAACGAGAUAAACGAGGCUUUCCCUCUCACUCACGACCCCGUUGUGAUCUCCGAAGGCAUAGCACGCUUGCCUUAUAUGGAUUCUUCGUCGAGCAUAGGACCUGCGAUCUUCCACACCAUAGACAACAUCUUGGGUAAAGGAGAUGCUCGGAAGACGAGACGAAACGCGGAGGUUUCAAUCGUUUUCAUCACGGACGGCGUCACUGACCGCACCAACCUGGACGAGGCGGUUAGCGCCAUGCGCGCCGCACAGGUCUUCUCCACAGUGGUCGCCACGGGAACUGACGUGGACCAGAAAGUCUUAAUGAAGCUGGCCAUGGAUGACGAGGCCGCCAUCUUUAAAGGAAAAGACUUCUUGGAUCUGUCCCGGUCCAACUUGUUUGACCGUUUCAUCCAGUGGGUGUGUUAAAGAGACAACACGUGGAUGUGAACAUCAUCAUCAUGGUGCUACUGCUGAUUAUCAAGCAUUUUUUAAAAUACUGGUCUACUAAGACGAUGAUUCUACUCUGCACUGUACAAUUUGCAAAUGAGACCACAGCAUUGUGUUUUACUACAUUUGUCAGGAAAACUGUAUUCAUCAAUAUUUUUAAUAUGCAAAAACAUAGUAUAAGUCCAGCAAUCGUCAUCAACCAUUAAAGCUUAAGAUAAUAAACCUGCAGUUUAUUGAACAAA